AUAGAAUGUAAUGUGCAUGGGAGGAUACGGGAGAGUCUGAUGACAGUAGUUGCCUCCAGUGUGUAGAAGUGGUUGCCUAGAGGACAAAGGUGGACUAACUUUUUAAGUACACAGUUUGGUAAUUUUUCAGUAUUUUAAAAUCACGUGCAUGUAAUACUAUUCAAAGUUAAUAUUUUUAAGCUAUGUUUUGCUUACAGGAAUUGGUAAGAAAUUAAAAAUAAAAGACCAUAAUAGUUGUUACAAACGAAUGAUUACUGCAAUACUGUUUUUAACUUUAGGUAUUGUUAGAAAUCUUCUAAUUCAAAGUUUUCAGUUGCUGUUACAUGGCUCACAGAAGGGUAGUCCUAGUGGAAUGGGGGCUGAAGGAAGGCAUUGGGGUUCCUGUGAACAGAUAGCAUGGUGAGUGACAACCAGCAGUUACUGCUCCUUUUGAUAUUUUAAGUGCAUUAAAUGAGGUGUGCCUUACUACUUGGAAUCUACUUCAGCAGCCAGCCACAGUGUACAGCUGCCUCUUGUGGGAAAGGGAUCAUGGAAUUGUUACUGGAGUUUGUAUUCACGGUGCCAAAGGAACAUGCCACCUACCACAAGGUGCAACCCACUUACAGUGAGAGGACAAGGAAGCAGGGAGGGUGUCCCUGGUGGCCCAGCGCCAGGCCUCACUAUCUGUAUUCACCUGUAUUGGAUGCUGCUCAUCAUAUGCGUUUGAUGUGCUCUGCAAGAAUAAAACCCAAGACAAGCCACAUAAAAGCAACUUAAAAAUUAAACUGUCAUCAUAUUAUUUGUUUUAAAACUAUGGAAUAAUAUAUCUGAGGAAGAUUUCUCUCAAAAUUGUUUUUCUCAAUUUCAAGUCAGAAGACAUGUCUUCAUCUACAUGGCAUCUUUCCUUACCUCUAUGUGCCAUACGAUGGUUAUGGACAGCAGCCAGAAAGCUAUCUUUCUCAGAUGGCAUUCAGUAUCGACAGAGCACUUAAUGUGGCUUUAGGCAAUCCAUCUUCCACUGCUCAGCAUGUGUUCAAAGUGUCAUUAGUAUCAGGAAUGCCUUUUUAUGGUUAUCAUGAGAAGGAAAGACACUUUAUGAAGAUCUAUCUUUACAAUCCUGCAGUGGUGAAAAGGAUAUGUGAACUUUUGCAAAGUGGAGCCAUAAUGAAUAAAUUUUACCAGCCUCAUGAAGCGCAUAUUCCCUACCUCCUACAGCUCUUCAUUGACUACAAUCUUUAUGGCAUGAAUUUAAUAAAUCUGGCUGCUGUCAAGUUCCGAAAAGCAAGAAGGAAAAGUAAUACACUGUAUGCAACUGGAUCCUGCAAGAAUCAUUUAUCAAGAAAUUCUCUUGCUGGUACUUUAUUUCGGUGGGAACAAGAUGAAAUACCAAGCUCUUUAAUAUUGGAAGGUGUUGAACCACAGAGUACAUGUGAAUUAGAAGUGGAUGCUGUAGCUGCUGAUAUCUUAAAUCGUCUGGACAUUGAAGCUCAAAUUGGUGGAAACCCUGGUCUACAGGCUAUAUGGGAAGAUGAAAAGCAACGGCGAAGAAACAGAAAUGAAACUUCUCAAAUUAGCCAACCUGAGUCACAAGAUCACAGGUUUGUGCCAGCAACAGAAAGUGAAAAAAAAUUUCAGAAGAGACUUCAGGAAAUUCUCAAACAGAAUGAUUUCUCUGUCAGAACAUUAUCAGGAUCUGUGGACUACAGUGAUGGAUCCCAGGAGUUCUCUGCUGAGUUAACAUUGCACUCUGAGGUUCUGUCUCCUGAAAUGCUUCAGUGUACACCAGCCAAUAUGGUAGAGGUUCACAAAGACAAAGAAUCAAGCAAAGGUCACACUAGACACAAAGUGGAAGAAGCUCUUAUUAAUGAAGAAGCAAUUUUGAACCUCAUGGAAAAUAGUCAGACUUUUCAGCCUUUGACCCAAAGACUGAGUGAGUCACCUGUUUUCAUGGACAGUAGUCCUGAUGAGGCUCUGGUACAUCUUCUUGCUGGUUUGGAAAGUGAUGGAUAUCGGGGGGAAAGAAAUAGGAUGCCAUCACCGUGUCGCUCCUUUGGAAAUAAUAAAUAUCCCCAAAAUAGUGAUGAUGAAGAAAAUGAACCACAAAUUGAAAAAGAGGAAAUGGAGCUUAGUUUGGUGAUGUCCCAGAGAUGGGACAGCAAUAUUGAAGAACAUUGUGCCAAAAAGAGAUCACUGUGCAGAAAUACCCACAGAAGUUCAACUGAAGAUGAUGACUCAUCUUCAGAAGAAGAAAUGGAAUGGAGUGAUAACAGUUUGCUUCUAGCCAAUCUUUCUAUACCUCAGUUAGAUGGAACUGCAGAUGAAAAUAGUGACAAUCCAUUGAACAACGAAAACUCUAGAACCCACUCUUCUGUAAUUGCAACAAGCAAGCUAUCAGUUAAACCCUCCAUCUUUCACAAAGAUGCUGCUACGUUAGAACCCUCAUCUUCUGCUAAGAUUACCUUUCAGUGUAAACACACAAGUGCCCUUUCUUCCCAUGUUUUGAACAAGGAAGAUUUAAUUGAAGACCUUUCACAGACAAAUAAAAAUAUAGAAAAAGGUCUAGAUAAUUCAGUCACUUCUUUUACAAACGAAAGCACUUACUCUGUGAAAUACCCUGGAUCUUUAAGCAGUACUGUUCAUUCAGAAAAUUCUCAUAAAGAGAAUAGUAAGAAAGAGAUCCUCCCAGUGUCUUCCUGUGAAAGUAGUAUUUUUGAUUAUGAAGAAGAUAUUCCAUCUGUUACAAGACAAGUACCAAGUAGAAAAUAUACAAACAUUAGAAAAAUCGAAAAGGAUUCCCCUUUUAUACAUAUGCACCGUCACCCUAACGAGAAUACAUUGGGCAAAAAUUCUUUCAACUUUUCUGACUUGAAUCAUUCAAAAAAUAAAGUGUCCUCUGAAGGAAAUGAAAAAGGAAACAGCACAGCUCUGAGUAGUUUAUUCCCUUCAUCAUUUACUGAAAAUUGUGAAUUGCUGUCAUGCUCAGGGGAGAAUAGAACUAUGGUGCAUUCUCUUAAUAGCACUGCUGAUGAAAGUGGACUAAAUAAACUUAAAAUUAGGUAUGAAGAAUUUCAAGAACAUAAAACAGAAAAGCCAAGCCUCAGCCAGCAAGCAGCACACUAUAUGUUUUUUCCCAGUGUUGUUCUUUCUAACUGUCUUACUAGACCACAGAAACUAUCUCCUGUCACAUAUAAACUACAACCUGGCAAUAAACCAUCCCGGUUAAAAUUGAAUAAAAAGAAACUUGCAGGUCAUCAGGAGACUUUUACCAAAAGUAGUGAGACUGGAUCUACGAAAGAUAAUAGUAUACAAAAUAAUCCUUGUAAUAGUAAUCCUGAGAAGGAUAGUGCAUUCGCCAGUGAUUUAACUAAAACCUCUCGUGGAGCUUUUGAAAAUAAAACACCCACAGAUGGUUUUAUAGACUGUCACUUUGGAGAUGGAACGUUAGAAACUGAGCAGUCCUUUGGACUAUAUGGAAAUAAAUACACACUUAGAGCCAAACGCAAGGUAAAUUAUGAGACUGAAGAUAGUGAGUCGAGUUUUGUAACACACAACUCAAAAAUUAGUCUACCUCAUCCCAUGGAAAUUGGUGAAAGUUUAGAUGGAACUCUCAAAUCUCGAAAACGAAGAAAAAUGUCUAAAAAGCUGCCUCCUGUCAUCAUAAAGUAUAUUAUUAUUAAUAGAUUUAGAGGGAGAAAAAAUAUGCUUGUGAAGCUAGGAAAAAUAGACGCUAAAGAAAAACAAGUAAUAUUAACAGAAGAAAAAAUGGAACUAUAUAAAAAGCUUGCACCUUUGAAGGACUUUUGGCCAAAAGUUCCCGACUCCCCUGCAACCAAAUAUCCCAUUUAUCCACUAACACCAAAGAAAAGUCACAGAAGAAAGUCAAAACAUAAGUCUGCUAAGAAAAAAACUGGUAAGCAACAAAGGACAAAUAAUGAAAAUAUCAAGAGAACUUUGUCUUUCAGGAAAAAACGGUCACAUGCUCUUCUUUCUCCUCCCUCACCAUCUUACAAUGCUGAAACCGAAGAUUGUGACUUGAAUUAUAGUGAUGUUAUGUCUAAACUAGGUUUUCUUUCUGAGAGAAGCACAAGUCCCAUAAAUUCUUCUCCACCUCGCUGCUGGUCUCCCACAGAUCCAAGAGCUGAAGAAAUCAUGGCUGCUGCAGAAAAAGAGGCAAUGCUUUUUAAGGGUCCUAAUGUGUAUAAUAAGACUGUUAAUUCUCGUAUAGGAAAAAAUAGUCGUGCAAGAGCACAGGUUAAGAAAUCAAAAGCAAAGCUCGUUAAUCCCUCUGUAGUUACUAAGAAAAGGAACAAACGAAAUCAGACAAAUAAACUAGUAGAUGAUGGAAAAAAGAAACCAAGAGCAAAACAAAAAACAAAUGCGAAAGGUACAUCGAGAAAGCAUAUAACACUUAAGGAUGAAAAAAUAAAAUCUCAGUCUGGUGCUGAAGUUAAGUUUGUACUGAAACACCAGAAUGUGUCUGAAUUUGCAAGUAGUUCUGGAGGCGCUCAAUUACUUUUUAAACAGAAAGAUAUGCCACUAAUGGGCUCUGCUGUAGAUCAUCCCCUUUCUGCUCCCCUACCCACUGGAAUUAAUGCACAACAGAAGUUAUCUGGCUGCUUUUCUUCUUUCUUAGAAAGCAAGAAGUCUGUAGAUGUGCAGACAUUCCCCAGUUCACGAGAUGAUUUGCAUCCAUCAGUUGUUUGUAAUUCUAUAGGACCUGGAAUCUCAAAAAUUAAUGUUCAAAGACCUCAUAAUCAAAGUGCUAUAUUUACUCUAAAGGAAUCAACCUUAAUUCAGAAAAAUGUAUUUGACCUUUCCAACCAUUUGUCUCAGGUAGCACAGAAUACACAGAUAUCUUCGGGUAUGUCUUCAAAGAUAGAAGAUAAUGCAAAUAAUAUACAAAAAAACUAUUUGUCAUCAAUCGGAAAGUUAAGUGAAUAUCGCAAUUCCCUAGAAUCAAAGCUGGACCAAGCAUAUACCCCUAAUUUUUUGCAUUGCAAAGAUAGUCAGCAGCAGAUUGUGUGCAUAGCAGAGCAGUCAAAGCACAGUGAAACUUGUUCUCCGGGAAAUACAGCUUCAGAUGAAAGCCAAAUGCCUAAUAAUUGCUUUGUAACUUCCUUGAGAAGUCCAAUCAAACAAAUAGCAUGGGAGCAAAAGCAAAGGGGCUUUAUUUUAGAUAUGUCAAAUUUUAAACCUGAAAGAGUAAAACAGAGGUCAUUAUCAGAAGCAAUUUCACAAACCAAAGCACUUUCUCAGUGUAAAAAUCGAAAUGUGUCAGCACCUUCAGCAUUUGGUGAAGGACAGUCUGGACUGGCAGUUCUAAAAGAAUUGUUACAAAAAAGACAGCAGAAAGCACAAAAUGCAAAUAUUAUACAAGACCCGUUAUCUAAUAAACACCAACCAAAUAAAAAUAUUUCUGGUUCUCUUGAACAUAACAAAGCAAAUAAACGGACACGAUCGGUAACAUCCCCAAGAAAACCUCGAACUCCCAGAAGUACAAAACCAAAAGAAAAAAUCCCCAAACUUCUCAAAGUAGACUCUUUAAAUUUACAAAACUCUAGCCAGUUGGAUAACUCCGUAUCAGAUGAUAGUCCCAUCUUUUUUUCAGAUCCAGGUUUUGAAAGUUGUUAUUCACUUGAAGAUAGUUUAUCUCCUGAACAUAAUUAUAAUUUUGAUAUUAACACAAUAGGUCAGACUGGAUUUUGUAGCUUUUACUCUGGAAGUCAGUUUGUCCCAGCUGAUCAGAAUUUGCCUCAGAAGUUCCUAAGUGAUGCUGUUCAGGAUCUUUUUCCAGGACAAGCUAUAGAAAAAAAUGAGUUUUUAAGUCAUGACAACCAGAAAUGUGAAGAAGACAAGCAUACUACGGACUCAGCCUCAUGGAUUAGAUCUGGUACUUUAAGUCCUGAAAUUUUUGAGAAAUCAUCCAUAGAUAGUAUUGAGAAUCAUCGCCACAACCAGUGGAAAAAUAGCUUUCAUCCUCUAACAACUCGGUCUAAUUCAAUAAUGGAUUCUUUCUGUGUUCAGCAGGCAGAAGACUGUCUAAAUGAAAAAUCUAGAUUGAAUAGGAGUUCAGUAAGCAAAGAAGUGUUUCUUAGCCUCCCACAGCCAAACAAUUCAGACUGGAUUCAAGGUCAUACCAGAAAAGAAAUGGGACGGUCUCUUGACUCAGCCAAUACCUCUUUUACUGCAAUACUCUCCUCCCCUGAUGGUGAACUUGUGGACAUGGCCUGUGAAGAUUUAGAACUGUAUGUUUCAAGAAACAAUGAUAUGUUGACACCAACUCCUGAUAGUUCACCAAGAUCUACUAGUUCUCCUUCACAAUCUAAAAAUGGCAGUUUCACCCCACGAACUGCUCACAUUCUGAAACCACUUAUGUCCCCACCAAGUAGGGAAGAAAUUAUGGCAACUUUGUUGGAUCAUGACCUUUCAGAGACUAUUUACCAGGAACCAUUUUGCAGUAAUCCUUCUGAUGUACCAGAAAAGCCCAGGGAGAUUGGUGGACGGCUCCUCAUGGUAGAAACUCGACUUGCAAAUGAUCUGGCUGAGUUUGAGGGAGACUUUUCCUUGGAAGGACUUCGUCUUUGGAAAACAGCAUUCUCAGCAAUGACUCAGAAUCCAAGGCCAGGGUCACCCCUUCGCAGUGGCCAAGGAGUUGUCAAUAAAGGGUCAAGUAAUAGCCCUAAGAUGGUUGAAGAUAAAAAAAUUGUGAUUAUGCCUUGCAAAUGUGCCCCAAGUCGACAACUGGUUCAAGUGUGGCUUCAAGCCAAAGAACAAUAUGAACGUUCCAAGAAACUGCCUAAAACCAAGCCAACUGGAGUUGUAAAAUCUGCUGAGAACUUUAGCUCUUCAGUUAACCCAGAUGACAAACCUGUAGUGCCUCCAAAAAUGGAUGUAAGUCCACGUAUACUCCCCACUACAGCACAUACCAAGGAGGAUGUUAAUUCUCGGAUUGCUUUACAAGCACCAACCACGGGAUGUAGUCAAACUGCAAGUGAAAGUCAGAUGCUGCCACCAGUUGCCUCUUCAAGUGAUCCUGAAAAAGAUGAAGAUGAUGAUAACUAUUACAUUAAUUAUAGCUCCCCUGAUUCUCCUGUAAUUCCCCCUUGGCAACAACCAGUAUCCCCAGAUUCCAAAGCAUUAAAUGGAGAUGAUAGACCCUCAUCACCAGUAGAGGAGCUGCCUUCAUUGGCUGUUGAGAACUUCUUAAAACCAAUAAAAGAUGGUAUACAAAAAAGCCCCUGCAGUGAGCCUCAAGAGCCUCUAGUGAUAUCUCCAAUUACUGCUAGGGCAAGAACUGAGAAAUGUGAAUCACUUUGCCUUCAUAGUACACCAAUCAUACAGAGAAAACUUCUGGAAAGGCUUCCUGAAGCAACUGGCCUUAGCCCAUUAUCAACAGAACCAAAAACACAGAAGUUGAGUAAUAAGAAAGGAAGUAAUACUGACACUCUUAGAAGAGUACUCUUAACACAAGCAAAGAAUCAAUUUGCAGCAGUAAAUACCCCACAGAAAGAAACUUCUCAGAUUGAUGGACCAUCUUUAAACAAUACUUACGGUUUCAAAGUCAGCAUACAAAACUUACAGGAGGCAAAAGCUUUACAUGAGAUACAAAAUCUUACCCUAAUCAGUGUGGAGUUGCAUGCUCGAACCAGACGAGACUUAGAACCGGAUCCCGAAUUUGACCCAAUCUGUGCUCUGUUUUACUGCAUCUCAUCUGACGCUCCACUGCCAGAUACAGAAAAAACAGAACUCACGGGUGUAAUAGUGAUUGAUAAAGACAAGACAGUUUUCAGUCAAGAUAUCAGAUAUCAGACUCCAUUACUUAUUAGAUCUGGAAUUACAGGACUCGAAGUCACCUAUGCUGCUGAUGAGAAGGCACUUUUUCAUGAAAUUGCACAUAUAAUAAAGAGAGGUUGUCAUCAACAUGUCAGAUGCUUUCAGUAUCCACACUUCUUUUAUUUCUGCAAGCAACUCAGAAAAAGAAAUAUGUAUGAUCCUGAUAUUCUGCUAGGAUAUGAGAUUCAGAUGCAUUCCUGGGGUUACCUCUUACAAAGGGCUGCCGCUUUAAGUGUUGACUUAUGUCAGAUGAUCUCUCGGGUGCCAGAUGACAAAAUUGAGAACAGAUUUGCAGCUGAAAGAGAUGAGUAUGGAUCAUAUACAAUGAGUGAGAUAAAUAUUGUUGGCCGAAUUACACUAAAUCUUUGGAGAAUCAUGAGAAAUGAGGUGGCUCUAACUAACUACACCUUUGAAAAUGUGAGCUUUCAUGUUCUUCAUCAGCGUUUUCCCCUCUUUACCUUUCGAGUCUUGUCAGAUUGGUUUGAUAACAAGACAGAUCUCUACAGAUGGAAAAUGGUUGAUCAUUAUGUUAGCCGUGUCCGUGGAAAUCUCCAAAUGUUGGAACAACUGGACCUGAUUGGGAAAACCAGUGAGAUGGCUAGACUUUUUGGCAUUCAAUUUUUACAUGUACUGACAAGGGGUUCACAGUACCGUGUGGAAUCAAUGAUGUUGCGUAUUGCUAAACCAAUGAACUAUAUUCCUGUGACACCUAGUGUUCAGCAAAGAUCCCAAAUGAGAGCCCCACAGUGUGUUCCUCUAAUUAUGGAGCCUGAAUCCCGCUUCUAUAGCAACUCUGUUCUUGUUUUGGAUUUCCAAUCACUUUAUCCUUCCAUCGUGAUUGCAUAUAACUACUGCUUUUCCACCUGCCUUGGCCAUGUGGAGAACUUGGGAAAGUAUGAUGAGUUCAAAUUUGGCUGUACCUCUCUGAGAGUACCUCCAGAUUUACUUUACCAAGUUAGGCAUGAUAUCACAGUGUCCCCCAAUGGAGUAGCUUUUGUCAAGCCUUCAGUAAGAAAAGGUGUACUACCAAGAAUGCUUGAAGAAAUUUUGAAGACUAGAUUUAUGGUGAAGCAGUCAAUGAAGGCUUACAAGCAAGACAGAGCCCUGUCACGAAUGCUUGAUGCACGUCAGUUGGGACUUAAGCUGAUAGCAAAUGUCACAUUUGGCUAUACAGCUGCUAAUUUUUCUGGGAGAAUGCCAUGCAUUGAAGUUGGCGAUAGUAUUGUUCACAAAGCCAGAGAGACCUUGGAACGAGCUAUUAAACUGGUGAAUGAUACCAAGAAAUGGGGGGCUAGGGUUGUAUAUGGCGAUACUGACAGUAUGUUUGUGCUACUGAAAGGAGCCACUAAGGAGCAGUCUUUUAAGAUUGGUCAGGAAAUUGCCGAAGCUGUAACUGCUACCAAUCCUAAACCAGUGAAAUUGAAGUUUGAAAAGGUAUAUUUGCCCUGUGUUUUACAAACAAAAAAGAGGUAUGUGGGUUACAUGUAUGAAACACUGGAUCAGAAGGACCCGGUAUUUGAUGCAAAAGGAAUAGAAACAGUCAGAAGAGAUUCCUGCCCUGCUGUUUCUAAGAUACUUGAGCGUUCUCUAAAGCUGCUAUUUGAAACGAGAGAUAUAAGUCUAAUUAAACAGUAUGUUCAGCGACAAUGUAUGAAGCUUCUGGAAGGAAAGGCCAGCAUACAAGACUUUAUCUUUGCCAAGGAAUACAGAGGAAGUUUUUCUUAUAAACCAGGAGCUUGUGUGCCAGCCCUUGAACUUACAAGGAAAAUGCUGACUUAUGACCGGCGCUCCGAGCCUCAAGUUGGUGAGCGAGUGCCAUACGUCAUCAUUUAUGGGACCCCCGGAGUACCACUUAUCCAGCUUGUAAGGCGCCCAGUGGAAGUCCUGCAGGACCCAACUCUGAGACUGAAUGCCACUUACUAUAUUACCAAGCAAAUCCUUCCACCCUUAGCAAGAAUCUUCUCACUUAUUGGUAUUGAUGUCUUCAGCUGGUAUCAUGAAUUACCAAGGAUCCAUAAAGCUACCAACUCCUCGCGAAGUGAACCUGAAGGGCGGAAAGGCACUAUUUCACAAUAUUUUACUACCUUACACUGUCCUGUGUGUGAUGACCUAACUCAGCAUGGCAUCUGUAGUAAAUGUCGGAGCCAACCUCAGCACGUUGCAGUCAUCCUCAACCAAGAAAUCCGGGAGUUGGAACGUAAACAGGAGCAACUUGUAAAGAUAUGCAAGAACUGUACAGGUUGCUUUGAUCGACACAUCCCGUGUGUUUCUCUGAACUGCCCAGUACUUUUCAAAGUCUCCCGAGUAAACAGAGAAUUGUCCAAGGCACCAUAUCUCCGGCAAUUAUUAGACCAGUUUUAAAUUGUCAGUAUCAGAGAAUUACAGGUGCUAUUUUUUUCAGUGUUUACCACUAAACUGUUGUGCAUGGUGCUUUUUAACUUUCAUCGAGUCAAGGAUGUUCACUGUCUGUCUGUUAUCUGAAGACUAUGAAGACUUCUAUGCUAACCGAAUUAAAAUGUACUUGUUGAUCUCUGAAUAGCUCACUUCUUACAAUGUACAAAUUCCUCAUUCUGUCACCUUUUAAACAUUGUUUUAUAAUGCAGGUGUUGGAUUUGCUCCAGUACGUGUACCACCUUGUAAAUCCAUUUGAGUAGAUCAUGUUUACUUCCCAGUGGAAGGAGCACUGAAAACCUCUUAAAGAAAAACCAUUCGUGUGUUUUCCUUGAACUGUCUGUAUCAAGACGUGUUACUUCGAGAUAUCCAUUCACUUUAUAAUUUUGACUGCAAAAUAUUUUGUAAAUACACUUUUUUACUUUUCAAACAACUGAGUAAAAUAAUGUGCAAUGACUUUUAUACAAAUGAUUUUCAAGUUGUUUGGUAUAUUUCCUCUAGGUUUUGCUUGACUCAAAGUAGAUCGUUAUUUUGAUCAAACUGUGCAAACAGUAGUACCAUGUGUAGCAUUUUGAAACAUUAUUUUUUAAAAAAUGCUGUCUUGCUUUAGCUAUUAAUGGGGCAUUGUGAGGAACUGUGCAAAGACAUUUUUGUUACAAACCUGUGGGCCUGUUGCAAUACUUUAAAAAUAAAAAAUUUUAUUCCAUUUGCUUGUUUUGUAUAGACAUUUCUAUUGCUUCUAAAUAUGCUUAAAAUAUUUUCUUUCCUUAUGUACUGUACAGUUAAUCUUAUUUGCCAUCAUCUUGAACACAAAAUGUGUAUUUAGAAUAUUUGUAUAACUGUGUAAAAUAAAAAAGGAAUUAUGUGGUCAGUGCAUUGUUUUUUAAACUGGAAAUCAUUUUGUUUUAAAAGUUAAUAAUGGAAACCCUAUUAAAAUUGAAUAAAAUAUAAAAUAUA